AUGUCUGUGUAUAAUGGAGUCACAUACGCCAUGGCGGCGUCCGAUGGCCAAACGCCGGAUCAGAGCCACCCUUACGAAGCAGCGCCCUUGAUUGUGAUUACGGGUAUUUUCUUACCUCUAUCGGUCUUGACAAUGGCCAUCCGAAUGUAUACUCGGGUAAUCAUUUCCUCAAAGGUGGCCUUUGAUGACUUCCUGAUGAUAUUAGCAAUGAUUCUCAACAUAAUAAUGGUGGCGUUGAUAUUAGACAUGCUCAACUACGGCCUCGGAAAGAAUAUGUGGGAUGUUCCCCUACAGCCUGACCUCUACCCGAAUUGGAUGGUCAGGAACGUUGUAGCUGCCAUGUUUUUCUGUGCUUCGACGGGUGUGGCAAAGGGUUCGAUUCUGCUGUUCUACCUGCGAAUUUUCCCAUCGAAAGGGAUGAAGAUUGCCAUCUGGACCGUCUUUGCUUUUACGCUUGGAUACUCGCUCGCCAGCGUACUAGUCAACGCCUUCAGUUGCAACCCAAUCGCAGGCUCGUGGUCGUUGGAGGAGUCUCUGACGGCAGUGUGUAUCAACCGCCCGGCUUUCUACUUCGCUCAGGCUGGCCUGGGCAUCGCCACCGACAUCGCCACCGUCAUUGUGCCGCUACCAGCUCUCAAAUCCCUACAGCUUAGGACGAAACAGAAGAUCGGAGUCGCCUUUAUCUUGACCAUGGGCGCCUUUGUCUGCAUUGUCAGCAUCAUCCGCCUGAGCUCCCUCUACACCCUGCUCACGGACUCGAACCUGACCAAGAACACCGUCAUUGCCCUCAUGUGGUGCAUCCUCGAGCUCAACCUGUCCAUCAUUGGCGGCUCCAUCCCGGCGCUCAAGCCCUUUGCCCAGCGCUUCUUCCCCAAGCUGCUGGGCUCGAGCGGCGCCAGCAAGGGCCGCAGCACCUCGGGCGCCUACCCUCUGCCCUCGCAGUCGGCUCGCUACGGGCCCGGCAGCCACUUUUCCCGCGCGACCAACAACAAGUCCCAGAUCGAGGCCGACGACACGGGCAGCGAAGAGUUCAUCAUGUCCAACCUCGCCGGGGCGCAAAUCACCAAGACGGUACAGUUUGGCUACGCCGUCGAGGAGACGACGCUGGACGACAAGGACAGUCACCACGACGACAAGCCUGGCCACGUCAAGGGAAAGGAUUCCAAAAGUUCGACCGACAGCACAAGUUAUACGCCGCAAUAA